UAGCUAGCCAGUUAGCUGUUGACUGUGAAGUGACUUACUUUAGAGUUCCAGGAAUCUAGCUAACGUUUGUUUAGUUUACUAAAUUGGCUAGCUAGCUACGCACAAUUUCAUCGAAAUAGGAAUUGCAUAGGCAUUUGCAAGCUAGCUACAUUAGCCAGCAUAAAAUGUCUGUAGUAGUGAAUUCUACACGAAGGUUACAGACCCUAACAUUUAAUCUAGGGCCUUUAUGCUACCACCGAGGUGUCACAGGAGCUUCAAUAAUUUCACAUGACCGAAAAUCCAAGCAAAACUUUAGCUGCUGUCGUUGGACUCAUCUGAUAACUUUAGUACAUCAAUACAGUACCCGAAUUACCAACUCUAAGGUGCCCAGGGUAGCAACAUGGGAGCCUGUAUUGGAGAACCAGCUACCCCCACCUAGCCAAGUCUCUGUAGACCUUGUUGACAAAUUGGAGCGACUAGCCUUGGUGGAUUUCCGCAACGAGGAGGGGCUGGCUUGUCUGGAGAAAGCCAUCCGAUUUGCAGAUCAGCUCCAUGUUGUUGACACAGAUGGGAUUGACCCAAUGGAUUCAGUUCUGGAGGAGAGGGCACUGUAUCUGAGGGAGGAUGCCGUGGCAGAGGGGGACUGUGCAGAGGAACUGCUCCAGCUCUCCAAAAACACAGUGGAGGAGUACUUUGUGGCACCGCCAGGUAACAUUCCACUACCGAAGAGAGAGGAGAGAGUUGCGAUGUUGAAGCACUCAGAGUUCUGACUCAAUAUGUGCUCUGACUUUGCUGAUAGCUACUUUGAGGAAAAAUGUACUUACUAUGACUGAUGUGGUUAUCCCACCUAGCUAUU